UGACAGGCAUGGAGACCGUUGCCAGGGUGACGCGUCCCUCCCCCUCCCAUCCAUCAAGUAGAACUGCGGGCAGAGCGCAGGAAGCCGGGACCAAGGGGGUAACAUGGAGUCUGAUGAACGUGUGAAUGAAAACCUAAGGCUGCAGUUCAAGGCCCUGCAGGAGCAGCAGCACAAACGGCUACAGAGGCUGAUGGAGAGGAAGAAAGAGAAAGAAGAGGAGCAGCCGCAGCAGCAGGAGAGAAGCAGAAGCAGCGAGGCAUUCGGUGUGCAGGAUCAGCUCCAUCUGCUGAGACCAGGCGGCAGCUCCACCAGUGACAUCGGCAAAAGGCUUCUGGAAGAUGAGAAUGAUCAGCUGCAGGAUCAGAUCCGGGAACUGAAGGAUGAAAAUGGCCGACUGCAUAAACUGGUGCAGGAGAAAGAGUUUGAGAUCCGACAUCUCAGGAAGAAACUCGAAGAAGGAAAACUUGCCUUAGCGGGAACGGCUGGUUUGGCCGGGGACGUCGCAGCUACUAAAAUUGUUGAGUUGUCCAAGAAAAAUCGGGAACUGACUGCUGAACUGGAGAGUGAAAGAACCAAAGUGAAACAGCUGAACAACAGGGUGAAAGGUGUGGAAAAGGAGCUGCAGAACCUGGCAGUGAAUUAUACAGGGAAGGAGUCUGGCAAUGGGCACUCCAGGACCCAAAUAGCUGACGGCACUCCGGCUGAGAGUCCGGAGCUGAAAGCUUUGCAGGAGAAACUUGCUGCCACAAAUUUAAAAAUGAUUGAAUAUCGUAACCAAAUCCAGUCCAUGAAGCAAGAGCUGAAAGUCGCCCACAAGGUACUGGUCAGUGAAGUUGGGGAAGAAGUGAACAUUAGCCAAUUGGCAGCCUCGUCUGGAAGUUGGCGGGGACGGGCACAGCAGAUUCUCGCCUUGCAAGGGAGGGUCCGUGAGCUGGAAAACCAGCUGGGGCAAGGUAGGAGCCCUGUCUCAGAGCUGAGUUUGGAAGAGGAGCUGUCGGGAGUGACCGUGCCAAAGAGAGUCGCUGCUCAGGAGAAGAACCUGUUCCGGAUCCGCACCUUGGAGAAAGAGAGGAAGGAAGCAUUGGAGAAGAUCACAGCAGAAUACGAGGCCUUCAAGAAAGACAACGAGGAUUUGAAGAAAAAGCUGGAGGCUUCGAAAGCCAGAAACACGGUGCUGUCCAAUGAAGUGAAGAUGCUGAAGAUGCAAAUGGCCACCAUUCUAGAAAAGGGGAAGCACGACAAUGAGCUCAUAGAUGCCUUGCUGAGCCAGCAGAAGAACAUGCAGGAGGUUCUGACCCGUCUCAGCCAGCAAGAGCAGAAAAAUAAAGAUUCCCAGCAGAACCUGAACAUGCAGUGUAACAGCGAGGCGCAGAAACAGAGCUCCCUGGUCUCUCAGCUCAAGUACAUGGUGGCAGAACGGGAGGCCAAGGUGAAGGAGCUGGAGGAUGAAAUCAAACAGUUGACUCUUAAGAACCAUCACAGGAAAGAGAGCAGUGGCAAAAUCUUGGAUGUUCAAGAAUUUCCUUCAGUGGCAAAAUCAGAAAAACUGUCGCCUAUCAGGUCACUGUCGGACAGCGGAGACCAACCUUGGUCAGGCAGCAGGACAGUCUCGAAGCUGGGGCAUGAACUGAUACAGGCUCAGUCUCCCAAUGGAAAUAUCAGCGCUUCCCCUCGAAGUUCAGAGGUGCGGGUGCUGCAGGCGCAGGUCACAGAGUACAGAACCCUAUGCCAGGCUGCCGAGGUGGAGAGGGACAGACUGAUGGAGCUGGUCUCUGUUCUGCAGAAGAGGGUAGAGGAAAGCAAUGAGAAGCUGCUGGGCGCAGAGAAGAGGCUGCAGGAGGAAAGGAGGCGCUGUGUCCUGCUAGAGCAGCAGGCAGAAAGGCUAAAGAUGGAUACGGCAAAGAACGUGGGCACACAGAAACUGUCAGCCCGGGGUAAGGCCGGGCCAUCCUUGUCUAUCUCAAGGCACUCAGUGAACUUCAACGGAAAAACGGAAGUUUCCUUUGCUCCAGCAGACUUGCCCUUGGAGACACAGAUAGAGGAGCUCCGCACACAGCUGGCCAUACAGAUGGACGAGAACGAAGCCAUAAAAACGUCCCUGAAGAGCACGCUGAAGACCAAAGAGGACGACCUCAAGCUCUACCACGAGAUGAUGGGCGAGGUGAAGCAGAUCUUCAUACAAGCUUUGCGGCAGCACAAGCAGGAGCGCAAUGGGCGCUAGUCUGACAUCAGCUGACCUCCUCCUGUCCAAUCAGAAUCUUAAAUAAGAUUCCAAAGGUGGUAUCCGCAGAAUAACAUCAAGAUGGCGGCCAGAUGUGUGUUUCAGGAGGAGUAAACCCCCAUUUAUUUCAGCCUAUUUGCCCAGUGCAGCGUGGGCGGAAGGGCUACCACCGGGGGCAAGUCCACCAAAGCAAAGACUUGCAAUGAAUCCUAGCACUUUAUAUAGCUAUGAACUCCCAGUCUGUACUGUAGGUAUUACUGUAUGUGGGAUAGUACACUGAUCUCUCCGCCAUGAUGCUGGGGGGGGGGCCUUCAGCGCAUUUGGAGACAUUGGAAGCCAUAUUUUACCUAAAAAAAAGGAUAAAACCAUGGCACCUACAUCUCAAGUCUGGAAAUGUCUUUGCAACACAUUGGCAGAUAGAUCCAUUAUCAACAUGGGGCCCAUAUUGUUAUAGAUGCACUAGUGUGUGUAUGAUGGAACAUAACCCAACACCCAUGAGUAGCCACACCUCCCCUCAAAGACACGCCCUUUCAUGAGAUCACCCCCCCUCUGUUCCUACUGCCUGUCCCUUUAGGUGUGUGUUCUAUAAUGUAUGUAACUGAACCAUUCUGCCCCUGUGUGUGUUUUGUAUAUACAGGAUAAGGAUCAUAUCUGUGUUGUAGAGCUUUAAUUAUUUUGUUAUACAAAAUAAAAAAAGUGCUUGAGUGCA